AUGAUGAGCCGAAAACCUCGUCCCCAACAACAACAACAACACCAACAGCAACAACAAUAUUUUCAUAAAAAUUCACAACAGCCAAAUAAUAAUAGAAGAAGACAAUAUAAUGACAAUCAACAACAAUCAUAUAAUGAUCAUGAUGAUCGAUCAAAUGUUCACAAUCGAUUAGGUCCAAGACGACGAAAUAUACGUGGUUCGGGUGGAAAUAAUUAUCGUCAAACAUCGUCACGAAAUAAUCGUACUCAAAAUUAUAAUAAUAAAGAUGCAAAUAAUCGUCGAAGUGGUGAUGAUUUUUUCAAAGUUACCAUUCCAAAUGGUCAUAAAUAUGAACAAGCAUAUAUCAGACAAUUACUCAAAGAAAAUUUAGAUGAUAUGGAUGACGAAAUAAUAUUUUAUAAUUAUCAUAUUGGACAAAAUAAUUGUGUCUUUUAUGUAAAUGGUCAAGACAAAGCUGAUACUUUACGUGGCCUAAGCAGACGGAUAAAAACAAAUAGUGGUCAUAAUUUAAUAAUAUUGACACAAAGAACACCACCACCAGUAAUACAAAUGAACGAUCAAUACAUUGAAUUGAUUAAGAUCGCAAUGAGUUCACAAUAUGAUCAUCAUACCAAUAUAAUGGAUUUAAGUCAAUUUACACAUUCUAAACAUCUAAAAAGUCAAGGAUUAUAUAUUAUGUUAAAUCGUCCAAAUGUUCUUGCUAAUAUCGUUAGAUUGAUUAUUGAUAAUGCUCCAAAUACUAUAGCCAUUAAUCUUAGUGAUAAUAAAAUACAAAUAUUGGAACCAUUGAAAGAUUUAUCAUCACUUACUCAAUUGAAAGCAUUGAAUUUAUCGAAAAAUAAUAUAAACAAUUUUGAACAAUUAGAUCAUAUAAAACAUCUUGAUCUUUUGGAAUUGGAUCUAGAAGGAAAUCCAUUAAUCAACAAUUAUCAAAGUAGUGCAGCAUAUGUCAGCGCAAUACGGAAAAUAUUUAAAAAUUUAAAAACCUUGGACAAAGAAGCAUUACCCACUGAAAUUGGUUUCGAUUUGGCUGUAGCCGAUAAUAUACCGGAAAAAAAGGGUUCAUUCAUUCCUGAUGAAAGUCUGAAAACUUUUAUCACUGGUUUCUUAAAAGAAUAUUUUCGAAUGUAUGAUUCGGAUUCACGACAACAAUUGAUGGUCGCUUAUCAUGAUUCAGCGACGUUCACUCACAGUAUUGCUUCGAAUAAUUCAAUGUAUAGACCGAAUGAUAUUAUAAUGAAAGAAUCACAUAAUCUACUCCGUUUACGAGAUGAAAGUUUAUGGGUGAAAUUGGUCAAAACAUCGAAUGUGGAUAUUGUUUCAUUUUUAAACAAAUUGCCUGUUACAAAACAUCAUCUGGAUACGUUUCAAGUUGAUAUACCAUUUUUUAGCAAAGAAUUUAUUAAUGUCGUUGUUAAUGGAUUAUUGCAAGAAACUUUAAAAACACAAAGUUCAUUCCGAUCCUUUUGCCGAACAUUCUUUUUGGUCCCACAUAAUAAUGGAUUUGUCAUUCUAAAUGAAAUGCUUUUGAUUUCAUCUCCUUCGAUAAAACAGAUAAAUGAACACAAACCAUUGAUUGAAAAAGAAACAUCAUCCAAUAAAGCUGAUCUAGUUAUGAAGAAUUUUGAUUUUAAACCGUCAAAUUUAAUAGUCACAUCAAAUUUGAUAACAAAUCAAUCAAAUGUUACAUUUGCUUCAUCGGCACCUAAAUUAUCAAAUGACCCACGCGAAGAAAUCAUUCGAAAAUUCAAAGAAGAAACGAAAAUGAAUAGACAAUUUUCAAUACAAUGUCUUGAAGAAAAUGGAUUCAAUCCGGCCGUUGCAUACGAUGUAUUUCUUAAACUUAAACAGGCCAAUGCAUUGCCACCAGAAGCAUUUAUUGAUUGAAUUUAAAUCGUACUCUUAAUUUUCAAUUAAUUGACCGAUACCGGAAUCUAAAAUAUAUUUUUAUAAAAUUAUAUAAAAUA